UCUCGAUCCUGGACCGCGAUGGACCCCGGACGAAUCCCUAAGCCUAUCAAUGAUGAGGCUGUCAAAGAAGGACAAGAAUUGAUCAAACACUUUCAGUUUCUCCAGGCUUUGUUCAACACUCUCGCUGCAGCGCAAUACUCUCGCUCGGGAGUGAAAUACAAUUUCCUCGAGGCCGACCAGAUAACCAGUCUUCAACAGAUCCUCGAUGACAUCCGGCAACUGAAAGUCUCGAUCAAGGCAUUCUGGAAACUGCCAGACGAAGGACGUCCUGCGACAGUAGAACAAGCUACGAACAACCCCUAUUGGCGCUCACUGUUUUUCCUGAAUCUGCUGCUCGGAUUCUACAAAGAUCGCGGUGCUCCCGACCUUCAUAUGCUUACGAAAGCGGCAAUAGCAACAGAUCGCAACAAUAAGGCCGGAUUCAGAGCGAUGGCUUUGCUCCAAUGCUGUGUUCGAACGAUUCAUUUCGUGCUGGAGGAAGUAAGUGGUGAAGAUUGGGAGAAAUUGAAGAUCCUUGUAUGGGGUGAUGCAGAUAUCGUUGCGGAAAAUAGAGUUCCAAAUUGA